CCUUACAACCUUCACCGGGCCGUCUCUUCCCUUUCGCUGAAAACUUAAACUUAUCCGUGAUGAUCGAGUUCAGCCACCACAACGCCGUCCAAGCCGCCGAAGACUAGGAAAAGUACGGGGCCGCAUAGGCCGUCGGUCUCGACCAAUGUCCCCGUCGGUCGUCGAAACUCGCAGGCACAGCGACAAAGCCGAACCACCCUCUUCCACUCUCCCCAGCCGACGUUCGAACACCUCAACAUGGAACGGUCAUACUUGCUCAGCACCUUGGAAGCGCAAGGCCAGAAGUCGACAGACGCGAUGAGGCGAUUAUCAUCUAUUCAGGAACAGCUGGGCAGAAACCCACCUUCUCCGCAGCGACGCAAGAUCAAAAAGCAAGCAUGCCUCUUGAAAAGUAAAAUUGCCGAAAUGGCCGAGCAGGAGAGAGUCAUCCUAGGCCGGCUCGCUGAGCUACACGUCGAGCUGCAGAAUCGAGAACGGUGGGCGCGAGUCCAGAGGGAAAUGCAAAGCCCGUGCUUCGCCGUCGAGUCGCCCAUCACUCCAUCAUGCUGGGUGGGGUCAGAUUCCACCCCGAGUGAUCUGAUACUGACCCCGACCAUGCCGACGCCACUUGAUGCGACCUCUCCCGAGUUCAUCCCAGGAAGCCGUUCUUGUGCCCUGGCUGCCUACCGUCCGUGGUCGCAACCGCCCUAUCUCGAGGACGGAAUCUUCUUGUCACCCGACACCGAAAGCGCGGCAGAGUUUCAUUCAUUUGGGAGCCCGGAGGGGUUGCAAAUGUGGAGCAACAAAAGACAGUUGGGCAAUGACCAACUUCGAUUUGAAUACGACGGCAACACGUAUCAUGGCAGUUGCUUCGCAGACGAUCAUGGUCCCUCGAAUCCUCGGAAACACCUGAGUACAUAUCCUAGUCGCGAAAGGCGUAUGAGCCUACCGUCAUUGAGAUGCAUCUGGCCCGGGUUGGAGGAACCGGGAGCAGUUGAAGGAACACACGAGGCCGAGAAGACAUACUAAUUAGAGCAAGCAUCUAGACCGAAAGAAGAGGACGUGAUGGAGCCUGCUUUUUUUUCUCUUCGCAGAAUGACAAAUUACAUCGAAUUACUUUUCAUAUGAUUACGUUGGUUUGUUUUUCUUCUUGUUUUUCUUCUAAGGGGUGUGCAGGCGGAAUCGAUUCUUUGCUCGUCUGGGUUUACGAGAACACGCGC